AGGUCAUCCGUCCGGCGGCAGUUGUCUACAUCUUCGCCAUGAUGAUGACCAGUCUCUGCUCGAAAUACUGGCAGUUCAUGCUGGCGCAGGGCGUCCUUCUCGGCACGGCAAUGGCCUUCCUCCAGCUGCCGGCUUUCGCCGCCGUGUCACAGUACUUUGACAAGAAGAAGGCCGCGGCACUCGGGUUGGUCGUGUCCGGCUCUUCGAUCGGGGGCGUGGUCUUUCCGAUUGCGCUAUCCAAGAUGCUGAACAGCUCGUCGCUUGGGUUCGGUUGGUCGGUGCGAGUAAUGGGUUUUGUGGUCAUUCCCCUGAUGGUGUUCGCAUGUACAGUUGUCAAGCCUCGCCUGCCCCCGCGGACGACCUCGUUCUUCAUCCCGGAAGCCUUCACGCAAGCCCGGUUCGAUCUCAUCAUCGCCGCCUUCUUUUUCAUGUUCAUUGGGCUGUUCACCCCGUUGUUCUAUCUCCCCACCUAUGCAGUGACCCGGGGAAUGGACGCCACGCUGGCCUCGUACUUACUGGCGAUCCUCAACGCCGCGUCCACGUUCGGACGCAUCAUCCCCGGGAUCCUCGCUGAUAAAUACGGGCGACUGAACAUGUUCGCCAUGGGAGGGAUCGCCACGGGUGUGAUCGGCCUCUGUAUGACCAAGGCGGAAUCCACGGCUGGGCUGGUGGUAUACGCGGUGUUUAUCGGGUUCGCAUCGGGCACCAUCGUCUCGGGAGCGAGCGCAGCAUUCACACUCUGCAUGAAGGACGCCCGGGAAAGCGGGACGUAUAUGGGGAUGGGAAUCGCUACCAGCUCUGUCGCCGCCUUGAUUGGACCCCCUGUGAUUGGAGCUUUGUUCGAUCAUUACGGAGGGUUCCUGCAGGCGUCCAUUUUCAGCGGUGUGCUGUCCUUGGUGGGCGGCUGCAUCGCCUUUGCCGCGAAGGCUACCACACCAGUGGGUCUUCUGGGGCGAGUAUAGCUCUCGGGACAGAUUCUGGAUUUGUUUGUGUGCUGUGAUGUGUUUGGCAGCCGUGACACAAGGGAUAGAGCUGGCUUCAGACAUUGAGUCGAGCGGCUUGCUGGUAUUGAGUGAGGCUGACUUGUGGC